GCUGGAAACAGCUCGGUGGGUGCAGACAGAGCCGAAAGAGGUGAGCUCUGGGUGGGAGGUCAUGGCACAAGGCCAUACCACUGUCUCACUGAUUUUUGUUUGGCCCUCGCCUGCAGGCCAAGCGCGGGAGAGAAGAGUAGUCAAAAGCAAGGUGGGGGAAAUGGUCAGCCUGCCUUGUUGCCGUCAAAUUCCCCGCUCAGAAAGCCUCCAGAAUUACCGGGCCUACUGGCAGAAGAACGUGACGGACGUGGUGCUGGCCUACUCCGACGGGGAGAGGAUCAGGAUUCAUGAGCGGUACAGGAACCGCACAGAGAUGGACCCCUGGGACCUCAUCCUGUGGAUCUCCCCCGUGGAAAUCCUGGACAAUGGCACUUACCAGUGCGUCGUUCAGCACAACUCAGUUGUUGCGUGUGAUGAGCGUGUCACCCUCCUUGUUACAGCCGACUUCAGUGAGCCGAGCAUAACAACAGAAGUGUCCGCGAGUUCUUGCGAAUCGACUGAGGUGGUGAUAGUGUGCUCUUCUCACGGAGGUUUCCCCAAACCCAAAAUCUCUGGAGCCCUCAACGAUGUGUCUGUGGAGUGGAAUGCCAGCUGGGUGUCCGAGUCCAGCCUCAGCCUGUACAACAUCACUGGCACGCUGGUGCUCAACGUGACCAGCGAUGUCAACAUAACCUGCUCCGUUGAACAUGACGGCUUGGCCAAGUCCAGCAGUUUGCUUCUGAAGAAAACAAAUGACUGUGUUGUUCCUCCUGUGCCUCCAUCUUAUCAUGUCCUUAUUGCUUCAAGUAUCGUUGUUAUCAUCUUCAUUUUGGCAAUCAUCCUAGCAGCAAGAUACCUCCCAAGGCGUGUUUGUCCUCACUGUUGUAGGCCCCAGGACCCAGUGGAAGAGGGUAUGAAGGAAGGUACGAAGCCACCUGCGAGCUCUAAAGUGACAUCUGAAACAUCAUCUGUAUGACCAGAUUGCAUUUGCAGGUUUCUUAUCCUGCGCAUUCCGCACUGCAAGACUCCCCUGUUCGUUGUGCAGCAAUGCUUAUGGCGUUGACCCUCUGGCUCUCUGCAAGGGGAUUGGCAGCAGCAGAAAACUCUGCUCAAGACGACUGACAGAAUAAUCUCUCGUGAAUGAAGACAAACAGCAGCUGUGGGGUGGUCUCGUUACAACGGGGUCACUGGAACCCCCUCCUGGGAGGCCCCUCUGUGCUCCCGCAACAGGGCAGAAGAAGAACAUCGUCACCUUCGAGGCUUUGGGAACCUGUGGCUUUGACACUGCUUCUGUGGGAACC